AUGCAGAUCUUUGUAAAGACCCUGACUGUCAAGACCAUCACCCUGGAAGUGGAGCCCAGUGACACCAUCGAGAAUGUCAAGGCCAAGAUCCAGGACAAGGAAGGCAUUCCCCCUGACCAGCAGAGGCUCAUCUUUGCAGGCAAGCAGCUGGAAGAUGGCCGCACUCUUUCUGAUUACAACAUCCAGAAAGAGUCAACUCUGCACCUUGUCCUUCGUCUGAGGGGUGGCUGUUAAUUCUUAAGUCUCAUAUCCGUGAUGCCAAGUGAUGGCAUUACUCUGCACUAUAGCCAUUUGCCCCAAUUUAAGUUUAGAAAUUGCCAGUUUCAGUAAUAGCUGAACCUGUUCAAAGUGUUAAUAAAGGUUUUGUUGCAUGGUAAAAAAAAAAAAAAAAA